AUGCAGCCAGGACCGGACGAAGCCCGCAGGGACACGGCCCAGGACGGCCCGUGGUCCAGGCUCGAGUGCCAGGUGUGGACAAGGACACUGCUGCUGGGCACGUGUCUGCUAUACUGUGCCCGUGUGAGCAUGUCCGUGUGCGCUGCGUCCAUGAGCCAGGACUUCGGCUGGAGCAAGACAGAGGCAGGCGUGGUGCUCAGCAGCUUCUUCUGGGGCUACUGCUUGACGCAGGUGGUGGGUGGCCACCUUGGAGACUGCAUUGGAGGUGAGAAAGUCAUCCUGCUGUCAGCCACCGCCUGGGGCCUCAUCACAGCUGCCACCCCGCUGCUCGCCCACCUGGGCUCUGCCCACCUGGCUUCCAUGACCUGCUCCCGAGUCCUCAUGGGUCUGCUCCAAGGCGUCUACUUCCCAGCCCUGACCAGCCUGCUAUCUCAGAAGGUCCGGGACAGCGAGCGGGCCUUCACCUACAGCACCGUGGGCACCGGCUCCCAGGUCGGAACGAUGGUGACCGGAGGCGUGGGCUCCCUGCUCCUGGACUGGUAUGGCUGGCCGAGUGUCUUCUACUUCUCUGGAGGACUGACCCUGCUCUGGGUGUGCUACGUGUACAGCUACCUCCUGAGCAAAGGCGAUCUGCUGAUGGCCCUGGGCACACUGGCCCGAAGCCCACCCGUGGCCAGACACACCAAAGUCCCCUGGAGACAGCUCUUCCGGAAGCCGGCUGUCUGGGCAGCUGUUUUCUCCCAGCUCUCCUCGGCCUGCGCUUUCUUCACCCUGCUGUCCUGGUUACCCACCUUCUUCAGGGAGACCUUCCCCAGCUCCAAGGGCUGGAUCUUCAAUGUGGUGCCGUGGCUGGUGGCAAUCCCCGCCAGUCUGUUCAGUGGCUUUCUCUCGGAUCACCUCAUCAGCCAUGGUUACAGGACCAUCGUGGUGCGGAAGUUCAUGCAGACCAUGGGCCUCGGCCUGUCCAGCCUGUUUGCCCUGUGUCUGGGUCAUACGUCCAGCUUCUGUAAGUCCAUGGUCUUUGCGUCGGUCUCCAUCGGGCUCCAGACCUUCAACCACAGCGGUAUCUCUGUCUACAUCCAGGACCUGGCCCCAUCCUGCGCUGGCUUUCUAUUUGGUGUGGCCAACACAGCUGGCGCCCUGGCAGGUGUAGUGGGCGUGUACCUGGGUGGUUACGUGAUCGAGACCACAGGCUCCUGGAACUCCCUCUUCAACCUGGUGGCUGUCAUCAGCAACAUGGGACUGUGCACCUUUCUGGUGUUGGGAAAGGCCCAGCGUGUGGAUGUGGGCCCUGCCCAUGAGAACCUGUAA